AUGAAUUCCUCUCAAGCAGAGUUGUUUCAAGAUUGGCGUAAAAGUGGACAAUGCCCAAAAGGAACAAUCCCCAUAAGACGAGGACAACAAGAUGAACACCCUCGCGGUCGUGGUGUCAAAUGGAUACCACAGCUUAAUCAAAGCAUCGAUGAUGUCCCUCAUCAUGAGCAUGCCACUGUUGAUAUUGAGGAUGGUAUAUUCUAUGGAGGACGUGCAAGAUUAAACAAGCUCAUUUUGUCCGUUUAUAAGGGUGACUUCAGUAUUUCUCAAAUAUGGGUUGCAACAGGUCCCGAUGAUAAAUUAAACACUGUUGAAUCUGGAUGGAGGGUUAAUUCACCUGACAGAAAAACAAGGUUUUUCAUAUGUUGGACUAGCGAUGGUUACAAAAGAAGGGGUUGCUACAAUCUUCAAUGUCCUGGUUUCGUGCAAGUAAGCCACAAAUUUCCCCUUGGUUCUCCCAUACAACCUGUUUCUAGAUACGCCGCUCAGCAAUUCGACAUAGGGAUAACCAUAUACAAGGAAGAUGGGAAUGAAAGGAAGCAGAAAGGUCAAUCAGGACAGAUGAGUGGUGGGGGAACGGUAGAGAGCUAUAUUGGGUUUGGCUAUGAAUCUGCGUUUUAG